AAAAAAACAAGCAUGCUGGUAACCACCGAGCAGACGCUCUCCCUCCCUCUUAUCGACAUAUCCCCAUUUCUCGCUCCAGACGAUGCACCCGAUGUGCAACUCGCCCGUCAAGCCACUGCCGAACUUGUCGACAAGGCCUGUCGAGAGGUGGGCUUCUUUUACCUUGUGGGCCAUGGUCUCACCCAAGAGGAGAUGACAGAGAUUCGAACGGUAGCGCACGAAUUCUUCAAGCAGACUCCAGAAGAAAAGGAGGAGAUUCAUAUUACAAAAAACGAUUUUGCGAGGGGAUAUCAACGGUUAGGUCAGAAUAUCACGCAGGAGGCUCAAGAUUGGCAUGAAGCGAUUGACUUGUAUGCGCCUGCUCCUAAAUCCCUUUUGCAAAAGGGAAUUAAAACGCUUUGUGGAAGUAAUCCUAUUCCACGGCACCCUGAACGAUUCUCUACCGUCGUCAACAGUUAUGUUCAGACCAUGACCCGCCUUGGCGCUGCCAUGAUGCGAGCCAUUGGACUUGGGUUGGGUGUCGGUGAAACCUUUUUCGAACCCUACAUGCAAGAAGGUUUUUGGGUGAUGCGCAUGAUUGGGUACCCUCCUCUCCCUUCCUCCUCAACUGGCCUCAGUUGCGGCGAACACACCGACUAUGGUUGUCUCACCCUCCUCAAUGCAGACUCUACACCCAACGCACUCCAAGUUCUUUCCAAUGGAAAAUGGAUUUCACCUACCCCGCUCCCAAAUGCCUUUAUUAUCAAUAUAGGCGAUAUGAUCCAGGUAUGGACAAACGGGAUCUACAAAUCAACCCUCCAUCGCGUGAUACAUUCUUCAACGAAUGUCUACCGGAUCUCGGUACCGUUUUUUUAUGAGCCGGCUUUUGAUGCGCGUGUUCGGCCGAUUGAUAAAUGUGUUCAAGAGAGUGGGGUCGAGAGGUUGCCUGAUGUCGUGUAUGGUGAGCAUUUGUUGGGGAAAGUGACUGGCAAUUUUGAUGUUGGGGAACAAAGGAUGUAAAAUAACGUUUGUUUGCUGAUGGUGUUGGUUGGGCUUGAGCAGCUGUGGUUCAACAUGGCAACCAACAUGUCAGUUAUGGGACAAGAUCUUGUUAAUGUAAUUCGAUAUUUUGAGUAACAAAAGCAUUCUAACCUCUUGCAUGAAUAAUCAUUCGCAAUACAAAAGAAAGGG